AUGGCUCGACCAAGUAAAGAUGAUAUGAUAAAAAGAGACGCCAAGCGUGAUACCCCAAAGUUUGGCAACCUUUUGCAUGCAGCUUCGCAUUCCACUGGCGAACAAGACAUUAUGGACACAUGGCCUUCGGAAAAUCCAAGCACUUCCGAGACGGACUACGACGAUGAACAUGAACAUGAUGUUGAAGAAGACAAUGCGGCAGUUGAAGAUUUGUCCAACUUGCACAACGCAGAAAAUAUGUGUCGCUCAUCGGGAUGUCUAAACACAGCACGUAGUCAUGGACGGUGCGUAACGCAUGGCGGAGGAACGCGCUGCAAUAUACAAGGCUGCAUGAAGCAUGUCGUAUCCGGUGGCUUGUGUGUGGGACAUGGUGGAGGUCGACGAUGUCGUGGCUCUCCUCGCUGUACUAGCAGUGCUGUGACUCGUGGACUCUGCGUGCAACAUGGUGGCGGACGGAAGUGCAGCGAGCAAGGUUGCAACAAGCAUGUGGCUUCCGGUGGGCUAUGCCGUACGCAUGGAGGUGGAAGGCGUUGUCAAGUUCCAAAUUGUACGAGUAGUGCACAAAGCCGAGGUCUGUGCUAUGUUCACGGAGGCGGCGGACGUUGUCAACGGGUAGGAUGCGGGUCCAGCGCCAAGAAGGGCGGUCUCUGCAUCGCGCACGGUGGAGGCCAUCGCUGUCAAGUGACCGGAUGUGCAAGUAGUGCUGUGAGCGGUGCUCGUUGUCGCGCUCACGGAGGUGGUCGUCGUUGUGCAGUUGAUGGCUGUGCUAGUAGUGCAAAGACCGGCGGAAGAUGCAUCGCACAUGGUGGUGGAAAGCGCUGUACUGUUAGCGGCUGCACUAGUAGUGCGCAGCGUCUGGGAUUGUGUAAAGCGCAUGGAGGAGGACGACGAUGCGUAGUGGAAAAAUGUGCCAAUAGUGCUGUGAGUCGAGGUCGCUGUAUUGCUCACGGCGGUGGCAAGCGAUGUGUCUUUGAAGGUUGUACAACCACUGCACGCAAGGGUGGCUUCUGUUUUGCUCAUGGCGGGCGAUCCACAACGUCGACAGCGAACUGCAAAAGCAAGAUGAUUUCACAUUCUUCUUCGUUUCCAUCGACACCAAUUACAGUCCCUUCAAAGUCGAUUUCAAGGUCAUCAGCUGAAGUACGCUCGCCAAUCCCGGCGCUUACUCUACCACCGCGGAGACUGCUUCCACCGAUCAGCACGAUGCUUAUGGCCAAUCGGCCAAGUAUCCUCCAUCGGUAUCAGUACACACAAAUUCCUCCGCUUCGAAAGGCUGUUGUUUCGAUUGAACGAGGAACGAGACCUGUGCAAAACAUGCUCAACGAAGAUUGGCCAGAGAUAGUCAAGACUGCCGAACAGGUAACAUAUCAAGACUCUCGGUACGAUGUGCCUCAGACUCCUACGUCAUCUUCAUGUCGGACUGGUUACUCGUGGCAGCGACUACAAGAGACCAUUCGUCGCGAAUACCGAGUCCAUGGGACCACGACCGACAAAGAAGAGUCGGCAUACGAAAUGACGGACACCUGCAUGGUAAAAGAUAGCGAGACGCUCAAGGACGGCGUACAGAUAACUGGUAGUAGGUUGAAUUUGACAAGAAGUUGA